ACAUGAAGCAUUGACAUAGGGCAAUGACUAAACAAAUCCUCCACAGGCAGAGAGAAUGAGUAAACCAUUGUUUUAUUCAAUAUUGGCAGACAGCAGACAGACAAGUCAAUGGAGAAUUCUGACAUAUCAAAAAAUGUGUUUAAAGGAUUCAAGGGAACAUAUAAUGAGCUGAUAUGUCAGGAUGAUUUCAGCACAGAUGGACAUCCUCUCCAUAACAGACAAGACCAACAACAAGUGUUCAUGUUCAUGGUGAGAGAUGGGCAGAGUUUUCGAUUCUACCGAUUGGUUGCAGUGAGUCUGGGCAUGCUCAGUGCUCUUCUACUGGUCGUUGACAUUGGUCUGGGGGUCCAAUUGAUGUUAGGUCUCUCUUUGGUCCCCACAGACAGCAAAGUCAGUGAGAAGUAUGGUCCACUAUAUCAGAACUUGACAUAUAUCAGCAGUGAGCUGGAGCAACUCAGAGCCACCCACAGUAAUAUGAUCCAUGCUAAAGAGGAGGCCUUGACAAUGUUGCAGAAAGAGCUCCAAAAGGUGAACAAAACCAGCAGGCAGCUCGGGAGUGCCAAACACACCGGCAUGGAGUUACAGAGGCAGGUUGAAAGCCUUCAGGAACAGAAGGUGGCAUUGCAGUCCCGGGUCACUGAAGUUGUGGAAAGCUGUGGCCGUUGUUUGCCAGGAUGGACAUUGCUCAACUCGUUGUGUUACUACUUUCCCUUGUCUAACUCCAUUCCUCUGAAAACGUGGGACAGAAGCAGAGAUUACUGCAUUAAAAAAGGAGCUGACCUGGCAAUAAUAGAUAGUGACGAGAAGCAGGAUUUUAUCAAUAAGGCAAUACAAGCAUUAAGAUACAGCUCAGGAUCCUGGCACCUAACAGGGUUCUGGAUUGGACUGAAGGAGGAAGAGGAUACAGAGGGGACCUGGACAUGGCUUGAUGGGACUGAACUGACUCAGGGAUACUGGGCAGAUGGGGAGCCUAACGACGAUAUGAAUAACGAGGACUGUGCAGCCAUUUACUCCAAAAACCAUCCAAAGGCGACUUGGGAUGCCAUGAAGACUUGGAACGAUGCCCCAUGUAGAUAUGCACUGAAAUGGAUAUGUGAAAUGAAAGCAAAGGCAGCCCAGGAAUUAAAGUUGUAAUAAUUUGUCCCAUGAGUGUUGCCAUUUGCAAAGACACUACAUGUUAAAUGAAAAUGUUUAACAAAAGUAAAUUAAAUGAAUAUUGGGCAGUUAUAAUAUA